UGUACUCGAAUCCAGUUUGUACCGAGAUGGCGAGUGGAGGUGCAUGUUAGAAGAGAAGGAGCAGAAGGAAGAGAAGCAUAGUGAAUGAGUGCGUCGCCGAAGAGAAGAACAGUCCAUCGAGCACCGAUCGUAACGGUGGAUGAUCAUCAUCUGCAUCGUCGGACGAAGAAGUGAAGCAGCCGUCGUAUCUCGGCCAUCGUAAGGACAACAACUUACAAGAAAAUAUAAUAGAAGUGCGUGUGCGAAUGGUGCGGCAAAUCGCUUCCUAUCAAAAACCACCAUCACCGGCAGUUCUUUCUGCAUCUGAAGUGAAGCCAUCCUCAUCCAAAUCCAGAAUCUCAUGAUAAUGCAGUGGACCAGGCACCGUUUGAAAUCAAUACUUUAAGAACGUGAUAUACCUGAUAGUUUAGCUGGAAUCGAGUUUGUCGGGAAGAGCUGAAAAUCAAAAAGGAAACAUGGCAGUGAAGGCAUUCAGAAGGAUAUCGCCGAAAGCUUUCGCGCUCAGCGCGAUCUUCCUGACGGUGCUUCUUUGUAUCUACUAUGCGAGCAACUCCAACGAGUCUAGGUUGGAUGCGAGAUCGCAGGAGGCGGCCGCCCUCGUCGGCGAAGGUGUUGGCAAGGAAGAGUCCAGAUCGGAGGACGGUUCGAAGAGGAAGACGAGCAGGCAGUUCGAGACGUGCCCGACUCUGGCACCGGCCGAGGUCGACGUCAAUACCGUCGACGUCUUCAAGGACUUCGAAUUCCAGCCGACGUGGAUGAAAAUGAAGGAAUACUGGGAUAAGCCGUUCGAAGACCGGUUCGAGCGCCAGAAAAUGGAUCCCGAACGUCCGCCGUUAAAAGUGAUAAUAGUGCCUCAUUCGCAUAACGAUCCGGGCUGGCUGAAGACCUUCGAGAACUACUUCCAUUAUCAGUCCCGACCCAUCAUGAACAACAUGGUGAUGAAGCUGCAGCAGCACAAGAAUCUAACGUUUAUCUGGUCGGAGAUAGCGUUCUUGAACGCCUGGUGGGAGGUGGCGCACCCCAGCAAACAGCGGGCGCUGAAGGCGUUGGUCAAUUCGGGACGUCUUGAGAUCACAACCGGUGGAUGGGUGAUGACCGAUGAGGCGAAUGCCCAUAUGUACGCGAUGAUCGAUCAGCUGAUCGAAGGGCAUCAAUGGGUGCUCACGAAUCUUGGCAUAAAGCCGAGAUCCGGAUGGUCCAUUGACCCGUUCGGUCACGGAAGCACUCAGCCCUACCUGCUGGCAGCAUCCGGUGUCAAAGGCACCAUCAUCCAACGGAUCCAUUACGCGUGGAAGCAGUGGCUGGCGCUGAAGCAGUACGGCGACUUCAAGUGGGUGCCAAAUUGGGGCGGAAACAGCGGAACGAUCCUCACCCACAAUCAACCCUUCGACAUAUACUCGAUAAAGCACAGCUGCGGUCCUCAUCCGUACGUCUGCCUGAACUUUGAUUUCCGUAAGGUGCCCGGCGAAUACACGGAGUAUUCUGUUAAGGCGCAAGCGAUCACCGAGAAGAACGUGAAGGAGAAGAGCGAGCUACUGCUGGAGCAGUACUCGAGGACCGGUUCUCUGUUCCCGCACAACGUCGUCCUGAUGCCUCUGGGGGAUGACUUCAGAUACAACGUCGCUGAGGAAUGGGACCAGCAGUACACAAAUUACAUGAAACUGGUCAACUACGUGAACGCCAACAAAGAGACGUACAAAACGGAAAUCGUGUUCGGAACGCCUAAGGACUACUUCGAUGCCAUCUUGGAGCGCUACGAUCAGUUCCCCACUCUCCGUGGAGACUUCUUCGUCUACUCGGACAUAUUCUCGGAGGGCAGACCGGCCUACUGGUCCGGAUACUUUACGACUAGGCCCUUCAUGAAAAUCCUCGACAGAGAAUUGGAGAACAGCCUGAGGGCUUCGGAGAUCCUUUACACAAUAGCAAUAAACAGUGCGCGCCAGAAGAAUAUUUUACCGUACCUCAAGAUCCUCGAAAGAGAUUACGAGAAAUUGGUGAUGGCCAGAAGGAAUUUGGGUCUAUUCCAACAUCACGACGCCAUAACUGGCACCAGCAAAUCCUUCGUGAUGCGCGACUACGGUCUGAAACUGUUCGAGAGUUUAAGGGACACCGUCAAGAUCCAGCAGAACGCGCUGCAAAGUCUGAUGCUGACGAAUCCGAUCAAAUCAGAAAGAAACGUGGUGCUCAGCGAUUUGGAGCGGGACUCUUACGAGAAGCUCCCGAAGAAGACGAUAAUAGUUUUGGAGACGGGAAAGUCGAGGAAAAUAAUUCUAUUUAAUUCGCAGACGGAGAGACAGGAUCAAUACAUCCAGUUGAGGGUCAACAGCCCAGACGUGAGGGUGCUGAACAGCAACAACGAAGAGAUCCAGAUACAAAUAAACCCAGUUUGGAAUUACACCGACAACAGACUGUUCAUAUCGCCGGACGAGUACGAGCUAGUCUUUGUAGCAUCUCUACCACCGCUCUCUAUAGCUACUUACAACAUAACGUACAAAGUUUCGGAAGAUCAAUUGGCGAUGAUCUACUGCAAUCGUUGCCACCGUAAACCGAAUGACGAGAACUUCCAGAGCAGCAAAUUCAUAAUCAAAAAUACCCAAACCGGGGAUGUACAAUUAGAAAAUCAAAAAUUCCGUAUCUUAUUUAACGGAAACACCGGCUUCAUGAAGAGCAUAACGCGAAAGGCGACGAGGAAGACGACGCAAUGCGCAAUUCAAUUUGCCGCUUACAGGAGCGCCCAAUUCCACUCCGGCGCGUAUCUCUUCAUGCCGGACCCCAACGAAAGGGAAAUCGAGAAGGAUGUCUUGCAACAGUACAAAGACCAGCUGAGCAUCAUCAUAACUUCAGGUUCGGUUUCUAGCGAAAUAACUGUGAUCUACGGUCCGUUCCUCACUCACACGGUCCGUAUUUAUCACUUGGAUUCACCCAUCUCCGACGGCAUUUACGUGGAGAACGUGGUCGACUUUGAGAAUCCGCCUAAGAACAGGGAGACGGAGUUGUUCAUGCGUUUGGUGACUGAAAUACAGAACGGAGAACCGCCAGAGUUUUACACGGAUUCGAAUGGUUUUUCGAUGCAGAAGCGCACCAAAGUCGAGAAGAUCGGCAUCGAAGGAAACUAUUUUCCAAUUACGACGAUGGCCUACAUUCAAGACGAUGCCAUGAGAAUCUCGCUGCUGACCAACCAUGCUCAAGGUGCGGCCAGCUGGCAGCCCGGAUUCCUCGAGGUGAUGCUGGACAGGAGGACGCUUUACGACGACUCCCGAGGAAUGGGCGAGGGCGUUGUGGACAACAGAAAGACCACGCAUAAAUUCUGGAUGCUCCUCGAAGACGUCUCACCGUCGAAACUGAAGAAGGAAAACACCCGUUUCGAGAACACCGAGUACGGUGAUACUCUGCGCACCUUCAACGGCAACGAACCGAUGAAGAUCGAAUCCUACUCAAGACCAUCUCUGUUUGCCAAUCACCAAUCGAACAAUCUGAACUAUCCGUUCAGCGCGUUCAUCCUGGAGGAGGGCAUCGAGAUCCGUGAGGACGUGAUCAAUUUGAUCAACGCCGAGUUUCCGUGCGACUUCCACUUGGUCACACUAAGGACGCAGCCGGAUCCCGUUUACACUCAAUUCCCCUCGAACAGUGCCCUUCUGGUCAUGCACAGGCAGGGCUACAUGUGUUCGGUGAACCAUAAUUACACGUGCCAAGUGAGCAGCCUGAAAUCGGGCGCCAACUUCAACAUGGUUCGGGUCAAGUCGAUCACCCCGACGACUCUGACGGGAACGGAAACGACGGGCGAUUCCAUCAAAGACUUCUCCGACAUCAACAUCAGCACCAUGGCUUUGCAGACGUACAACAUUACUUUCAACUGAGUUCGAGUUACACUUUUGUGAUCCUAGAUUUUAACAAAGAAUGAAAAUAACGAAACAUGAAUUUAAAAAAGAAAAUAAAAAAAGAAAACGCUAAAUUGUAUAGUAGAUA